GAGUGCACUUCGAGUCUUCGACAGCAUGUGCCGCCUCCGCCGCACCACGACACACUGCAACGGCAGGCCAUUGUGCGCAGCGCCAUAAUCUCCAUGGAUGCCAGGAUGCGAGAGAUGUCAGAGUGUCACGGGAAAGGAGAACGGACGGCAUAUAAGCACCUGGAAUUGUCGACUGGUGAGUCCCCUAUCGCAACCUACCUUGGGCCACUGCGACGCUCAGGCUGACUUCCGACUCUUCUCACUGUAUUCACGACAAGCAUCAUGCCGAGCGACUCCUCCAGCGAUCACGAUUCUGUCGAUAACGUUGAGGAUCUUCGUGAAAUGCAUCCCCUCAUAGAAUUGUCGGACUCGGACGACUCCUGCAAUGAAGAUGCGAACGGUCCAUCCAAUUCUGCGUCGGAUGUGGAUGACGACAGUGGCAAUGAAGAGGACUCUUCUCCCGGUGACCUACCCAGACUGAUCAGUGUCCACGAAAUGUGUGCCGAGGAGGACCGUGAGGCUCAGGCUGCCGCUUUUGCCCGCGGACUACAACACCACCAGUGCAGACAACGCCGACGACAGCGCUGACAUUCGCGCGGCUGCAGAUGGAUCCGCUGAUCAA